AUGUUACGUAUUGUACAGAUCACGGUGCUCCGGAUACUGCCCAAGGCAUCCCGGAUACGACUGAACAAGCUGUUCAGGAUGCUAUUUAAAGCAUUCCGGAUACUAUUGAUCAAGGUGUUCCGGAGCGCGCUGUGGCGGGAUCGACUUUUUGACGAUGGUGAUGUUGGUGGCUUCAAUGCUGGUGGCGGAGAUUGGUUGCUGGCUCUUACUUCUGACACGGAAGGUGAUGAAGAUUCGAUCUUGCAAGACGAAAGUGACGACGAAGUUGGGGAUGACGACCUAGUGGUUAAUGUUGACGGCGAAAGCGAUGACGGAGGUGCCGUUGAGCUUGACAAAGUCCCAGUUGCGUUUGAGCUGACUCGUGGGGGCCUAGAUCGCCUGGAAGCGGAGGAGUGGGAUGUGUAUAUGGAGCAAGAAGCUGGACGGGUUCUCCACGAUGCCUUGCCACUGUAUGAUAGACCCUCCGAUCCAACGCGAGCUGCUCUCGCUUACGCUGAAGACCACCUGCCAUCGGUUACUUCUUCCUGCUCAAGGAACUCUGGCGGCGCAUUGGAAUGGAAACGAACAAGUAUCGCAGAGACAGCAUUAAUGCCGUUGCCAAAGCAGAUGCGCUUUCGUGUCCUCCAGCGCCGUGAGACUGCUCCAUCCACUUCCGGGUUGAGUGUCGAGGAGUACCAGACAAAGCUUGCCCGCAAAAGUGCUGUCCAGCCCCAUGAGAACGUACGAUUUGUUGGCUUGCUUGUCGCGAAGGCUCUGGAGCCACGACAACAUAGUUUGAGUCAUCACUGGAUAACGCGAGCUGAAGGCGCUCUAUCGUGCGGGUCGUUUGGCCAGUUUAUGAGUCGUGAUCGGUUUCACGACAUAGCUCGCUACUUUCAUUUCAACGACAAUGACCGUCAGGGUGACAGCGACGACCGGGCUUUCAAGAUACGUUUCAGUCAUCCUUGCUUUGCAAGAGACCUUCUUUCGUGGAUACCUCCUUGGCGUAGGGAUCUCCAUCGACGAAGGGAUGGUGCCCAUGCGGCAUCGUCGCAACCCGAUGCGUCCGUACAUGCCCCCAAGCCCAAUAAGUGGGGAACCAAGUUCUAUCUGACUUGCUGCGCUGAGACGGCGUAUUGCACCCCGUACGGAAUUGUAUUGUUGCGGAUAUCCGUCGCGUUGGAGGUGUGUUGUGGCAAGGCCAACAAAAGCGAAGUAGCGGUCGCGCAGGAAGCGGUUGUGGAGAAUAUCGCAAAAGUACUUCGUGGGCAGCCGACGCAGCGACGGAUUUGCACGGAUAAUUUCUAUACGUCAUCCCGCUUUCAGACAAGUUGCUCAGCAUGGGCCACUACCACGUGGGGACGAUCCGCAAAAAACCGCAAUGGGUGGUGCAAGGCGAUCGAAUUCAAACAGAAGAAGCGUCAGAAAAGAUGCCAAGAGGAGUCUAUCGUAUGGCGGUUUGGAGAAGCCGCCCCGAGUUUCAAGCUACUGGCUGCUCAACCCAGAUCGCGGAAGUUUCUCGUCGAGAGCCUGGUGGUUCGAUCUCCCGUGUGCCAUUCCCACAGCUUACACGUGACUAUCAUGAGACCAUCGAAAGGGGGUGGGGUCGAUGUGCACGACCAACUACGACUACAGAGGUACUCUAUACAACGAGCGAUUCAAAUGCGGAAAUAUUACAAGACAAAUUUUCUCGGGAUAGUCGACAUCGCCAUGGUGAACGCGUUCAUCAUUCACAAGCUGGCGAUGCGUAGCCGCGGGAGAACCGUCCCGACGCAUGCGGUGGUCAUGCGGCGGCUGCACAUUGCGCUGCUGGACCAGCUACUCCUGCCCAACGUGCACCAAGGCAAGGAAGGGCACACCUUGUGUAACAAGGCGCGCAGACAGCAGCACGGCAGCAUCCUCACCUGUAACCAGAUUUGGCACCAGAGCUGGCGGAAUGGCAUGACCAUCCCGCCUGAGUUGCAGCACAAGAUCCGCUUCGUGGACAGACGUCGGCGCGAGAUUUUUCCUAACGAUGAUGUCGAAGACGAUGACAACGAGAGAAAAGACGCGGUCGUGGAGCUGUUGAAACAGUCGGUUGAAGGCGUUCCUCAGACCGGCGCCAUCAAGGAGAUUGCGGAUAAGUUCGGUGUCGACCGCAAGACGUUGUCAAGGUUAUGGAAGCCAAGGACAGGCACCCUACGCUCUCCUUCCAACCGCCACCAGCGCGGCCGCCCUAACAAGGAUCUCUCCGCCAAGUUAGAGAGGUUACGUAACAUCCCGUUGGCACAACGAAGCACCCUGAGAUCAGCAUCUGCGGUCUCUGGAGUGGCACGAACCACGCUACAUCGUCGCAUACAAAGCGGCCAACUUGUGGCUCAUGUGAACACCGUUAAGCCGUUGCUCAUGGAAGUUAAUAAGGCCAGCGGUUGGGGUGGCGCAUCUCCCACGUCGAAACGGGCUCCCUGCAUUUCAACGACAUGUUCGAUACGAUUCAUGUGGACGAAAAAAAAGUAUUUGACAGAGGUUCGGCGUCGCUACUAUUUACUGCCUGAAGAACCUAUCCCAAUUCGACACGUGUGCUCCACGCACUACAUCACCAAGGUGAUGAUGCUGGCUGCGGUGGCGCGUUCGCGUUUAGAUCCCGAUUCAAGGGCCUACUUUGACGGGAAAUUGCGCAUUUGGCCGUUCAUCGAACAGAAACCUGCUGUUUGUAGCAGCCGCCGGCGACCUACUGGAACGCUGGUAACGAUGGAAGGGCACGUUAACCAAGAAAACUACCGAAACAUGCUAAUUCAACAACUUGUCCCUGCCAUCCGUGAAAAAUGGCCUUUUAGUGGCCGUGGAGGCUGCGUCAGAGUGCAGCAAGAUAAUGCCCCCGCCCACAUAGAUACCAGUGACCAACGGUUUGCUACUGCUGUUGCUGAACAAGGACUUAACGUCCAGCUUUGCUUCCAGCCGCCCAACUCGCCCGAUCUCAACUGCUUGAACCUCUCGCUCUUCUCUGCAAUUCAAGCUCGUCAACGUCUGAAGUGUCCAACGACCAUGGACGAACUUAUAGAGGCCGUCGCCGACUCGUACUGGGAGUUGCCUCCGUCGAAGCUGAAUGUAGCGUUUCUCAGUCUUCAAUACUCCAUGGACAUGUGUAUCAAGGGCGGAGGUGGCAAUGCGUUUAAGCCUCAACAUAUGGCGAAGUAA